UUGAAUCACUUGAAUGAACCACGAGUCAUGGCGCCUCGUAUAAACCAGGUAAGGUUUAUUCUUAUCCUCAUGGUUGUCGCUUCCGUGGCCGGAGGAAAUUUUCCGGUGAAGCAAGAUUCAGCAAAGAGAGAUACAAUUUGGGAAGAAGUAUUUCACGAGGAUUAUGGUUCUUGGAGCCCGACUCCAAAAAUUAGAAGAGGUAGUCCAGCACCUAUUCCUCAUGAUUUUACACCACCACGUAGCUUAAAAGCGUAACUCGAGAUAUUUAAUUGUUUUGUUAACGAUCAACACGAGAUUUUUUUUAAUAGUUAUAGAAUCUCUUGAUACGUUUUAUGUUUUUAUGUCAUUUUCUAAGCAUCUAUAUAUUCUACUAGUUAAGAGUUUCGAUAACCAUAUUGUUUGAGAGAUUUUUCCUUAUCAUGUUUGAGUUGAUGAUAGGUUUUUUAUGCCACAUUUCGUUGUUCAGUAACAUAUUUCUGAAUUAGUGAUUUUCUUACUCUCUCAAUAUAUCUAAGCUAUAAUAAAUCUUGUAAAUCAAAACUUAGACUUCAAAAUAUGA